CCCCCGGACCUUGACCCGGAGCUCCGGAGCCCUUCCUGUGACCCCUGUCCUCCUCCCUCAGAGCCGUGGGCACCUGGUUCCAGCGCACCUGCUUUCGCUCCUCCUCGUCCUCGCUCUGGUCCCGAGCAGUGCGUCGUGGCAGGCCGGUCCCCGCCGCGGGCGGAGUCUCCAGCAGCGUUCUCCCAGUUCUCGUCCCGCCGGCGGCAUCGGGUUCCCUCCCUCAGUUGUUGUGGAGCAGGGCCUGGCCAUCCGCGCACAGAAUGCCUGAGGGCCCCGAGCUGCAUCUGGCCAGCCGCUUCGUGAACGAGGCGUGCAGGGGGUUGGUGUUUGGCGGGUGUGUGGAGAAGUCACCCGUCAGCCGCAACCCUGAGGUGCCCUUUGAGAGCAGUGCGUACUGCAUCUCAUCCUCGGCCCGUGGCAAGGAGCUGCGCCUGACCCUGAGCCCCCUGCCUGGGGCCGAGCCCCCACGGGGGCCACUGGCCCUGGUCUUCCGAUUCGGCAUGUCUGGCUCCUUCCAGCUGGCACCCCGGGAUGCGCUGCCGGCCCACGCCCACCUGCGCUUUUACACAGUUCCCCCCGGCCCCCCACUUGCCCUCUGCUUCGUGGACAUCCGCCGCUUUGGCCACUGGGACCUCGGGGGCGAGUGGCAGCCCGGCCGCGGGCCUUGUGUCUUGCUGGAGUAUGAGCAGUUCAGGGAGAACGUGUUACGAAACCUAGCGGACAAGGUCUUUGACCAGCCCAUCUGCGAAGCCCUCUUGGACCAGAGGUUCUUCAAUGGCAUUGGCAACUAUCUUCGGGCAGAGAUCCUGUACCGGCUGAGGAUACCCCCCUUCGAGAAGGCCCGCGAGGUUCUGGAGGCGCUGCAGCAGCGCAGGCCGAGCCCGGAGCUGACUCUGAGCCAGAAGAUCAGGGCUAAGCUGCAGAACCCAGACCUGCUGGAACUGUGUCACUCCGUGCCCAAGGAAGUGGUCCAGCUGGGGGGCAAAGGUUACGGGCCGGAGAGCGGGGAGGACGACUUUGCCGCCUUUCGAGCAUGGCUUCAGUGUUACGGCAUGCCCGGCAUGAGCUCCCUGCGGGACCGGCGUGGCCGGACCAUCUGGUUCCAGGGGGAUCCUGGACCCCUGGCACCCAAAGGAGGCAAGUCCCGCAAGAAGAAAUCCAAGGGAGCACAGCAGGGGCCUGAGCACAGAAUGGAGGAGCCUCUCCUUCCAAGCACGGCCCCUCCCAGGACACGUGGGGCACACAGAGGCCCUCCUGAGCAAAGUAGAGUAGAGCAGCCUGAGGGCACCGGCCUCCAGCAGGACCCAGAGGCCCCCCCGAGUUCCUGAGAAGCUCAGGCCACCGCAGACCCCGAAGGACCAAAGCUACACCCCAUCCUUGGAGAAUGAGGGGACGGCAGCCUCCUAGCCGGAGGGCGUCCUUGCUCGCGUCCACCCGCUUUCUCUGCUGAGCCCUUCGGGGCCUGGGCGGCUCACCAGAAGCAGGCUGGAGCUGCUGGGGGCCAGGUGCCCCUGGCCCUGUGGCUGUUCCCUGCACACCUCUGAUGUUUUUAAUUGUACCCCACCUUCCCCAUUUUUUAAGCCCACAUGAAAAAUGCUGUCAUUUUUA